GGUAAAGGAAAUCGAAAACCACAAGUAUAAGAAUAAACAUGAUUGAAGACCACAAAGAGAGAGGGACAAAUAUAAGUGUUCAGUCGAGUGAUUUGGAUGGCGACUGUAAGGAUUAGACUGAAUGAAUUUAUAUUUUGAGACUACCUGUGACAUACCUGGCUUGUAUUUAAGAUGGAUUCAGCAAACCUGAGAAAGACAGCUUUGAUCCUUUACAUGUUGGUAGUUUUCAUCCUGCAUGUGAGCACUGAUACACAAGGUGUAAAAGGUCAUGCCCCCAAAUGUCCUCUCUUGAAAGUUCCUAGAGGUACUGUCCAUAAAGCCUUCAUAAACAAGCCUUUCAAGAUCUCCUGCAAUCUGACACAUUGUGAUGAACAGACAAUCAAUGUGACAUGGACCAAAGAAAACACGAAAUGAUGGACUCCAAUAUCUGGAGCAGAUCACAUGUCAACAUCACAGAACUAUUCAUCAUCUGAUCCAAAUAUGUUGACUUCAUAUUUAACUUUCACAAAUAUAUCAAAGCAUCAUGAAGGCUCUUACAGAUGUGAACUAAUGUUACCACAGUUCUCUAUGUAUAGCCAUCACAUAAAUGUUUCUGUCUCAGAUUACAUCGUGGAAUAUGAAUUGACGGUAGAAAUAGAAAACACUGACAGCAGCUCUGGUUCAUGGUGGCUGCCGUAUCUCUUCAUCUGUUUGGGUGUGCUGAUUCUGAUUCUCACAGUAAUGCUUAUCUCAGUCUUGUGUAUUAAUGGAUUUAAAAGUUCGAGAAGAAAGAAUGCACAGAGAUCACAAGUUCAGUAUACAGCAACAUCUGUCUUGUCGUCAUCAAGCCCCAUUGUUCUGAAGCGUGAUGAAUUUGUCUGUGUCCAGAACUCAGAAGGACUACAGCAGCACUCUCAUAACAGCAAAACAUGCAAUUUAACAUUACAACCCGGACAGUCUACUUCACACGUGUCAGAUUGUAGUGAUGAUCCUUUGUCUAACAGGAAAGAUAGCACAUCAUUUCAGGUUGUAUAUGCAUCUCUGCAUCACCUCGCACCAACACCGUCAUCUACCAGAUCUCAUCAGACACAGGAGGAGUUUUCAGAGUAUGCAUCUAUCCGGGUCUCCUGAUUUUCUGUCUGCAUAACCAGACACAGUUAAACAACAUUUUCAAGUCUCCAGACUUAAAUAGUGAUGCAGUUUUGUGCAACUGUACAAUACUGUUAAUCUAUUCUUUCUAACAGGAAGCAGGAUAUGUAUGCUUGUUUUUCACACUGCUCUGUACAAAUCAUCACUUGGUUUACUUUCCUCAUUACAUCACGGAAAAUCAUUGCUGUGAGUUAAGUGAGGUUUCUAUAAGUGAAACUCACACCACUUGUCACAUGAUGCAACACAUCCAUAUCCUGGAGACUAGUCUAAGUGUUAUGCACUAAAACUUAAAAAUGAAUAUUUCCAAGUCUGGAGAUAGAUUUUUACAGUACAGUUGAUGUUACGGUCAAAAUAGUUAUUGCUAGUAAAGAAGCUGAGAAGAUUAACUCAUACAAGUAUCUUGGUACAGUAAUAGAUGAUAAGUUAAAUUGGGUGAAAAAUGCAAAUCUUGUUUCUCAAACCACACAAGUGAUUAUAUUUACUUAUAUAUUAAGUAUUUUUGAUGUGGACAAAUCUAUACUGAUAAUGUUUUAUAGAUAUUUUAUUAAAUCUGUUUUAACUUUUUUUUGGUUUUAUGGAUUAAAUGUCAGUUAAUAAAGUUAAUCACUGGUGCAGGGAGUUAACACAGGGCCAAAUAUCAUAGGCUUUGUACAGUUAAGGUUGUCUACUCUGUGUGAGAAAAAAAUGUUCUUAAGAAUUUGUUGACCAUUUUAGAUGCUACUGUACAUCUCACAUUUUGUACGCAGAGUUUGAAGUUCUUUCUAGAUACAGAGCCCCAAGUGGAGGACUGUAAGAGCUUGUAGAUCUUUUGUUUAAAAUUCAGUUUUGAUCAUAAACACUUAUUUGAAGCACAACCAUAUGGGUUAAUUUAACAUUUUUACAUCUUAAACACAUGAGGAAUGGUAUUGCUUAUGCCUGGGUUUGUGGAUGUGUAUGUUGUGAUGUUUUAUAUUAAAUGUCGGUUUGUUUUGAUUCUACAGAAAUUGCCCUGUGAAAAAGUUCAUAGUUACAAUAGUAACAGCUAUGUUCAUUAUACAACGAUUAUUAUACAACCUUACUGAUUUUCAGUUUAGGACCUUUUUAGCCAUGCAUAAUUUUUUUAGA